CUCGGUGCUGGAUAUACAGUUUUAAAAGGGAUUAACAUCGUCUAAUUCUUGGACUUUUGUUUUGCUGUUUUUCCACCUUUCACCUGCUUUCUCUUCCUUGCUUCCUCUUCCCAUUGGCUCAUAAACUAUUGCAAGGGGAGAAAUGAGACUUUUCACUAAAUUCUUUUUCGGAACAGCUCUUGCGGCCACUGGCUCGUCUGUAAUUGCUAGGAACUAUGUCUAUGUUGGUGACUAUCACGAGGUUUCUCCGUUUGACUUUAAAAGGCUUUCUUGGUCUGGUAAAUUGAGAUACCUUUUCUUCAAUUCUCGUGAUAACGCUGCAAAAGAUGGAGCUUUGAGAGCUGCCAAUCCAAACAAUAACCAAACCUCGUUCGACUACUUUGAGAAGGAACUGGACCCAGCAACUUCAAAGUGUUUGCUUGAGAAGUACAAGACCAAUGAUGAAAUGUUGGGUGCCAUGCAAAAAGCACUCUUCUUGGGACCAACACUGUGGCCUCAUAGAUUUUUAAUUGGAGCUUACUUGCAUUCCAAGACACCAGGAAAUGACAGGAUUACUGGGUUUGCUAAGUUGGAGCCAUCUUUGAAAGACAUUGAUCCUAAGGAACUACCACGCGGUUUCAUGAAUGCGCCACUCCUGCCAAAUUUUCCCAAGCUCAAUUAUAUCUGGAAUAAGGACGAUAUCACGAAGUACGACAAACCUUUCGAGAAAGGCUCAAUCAUCUUUGGUAUGUUCACCAUGGGAGAACAUGGCAAUCGUCCUAACGGGGGUUAUUUCAACUUUUUGUUUGGAUCUGACUACUUCCCAUUCACCACGGUCCAUAGAGCUGAGUAUUUCACAAAGCAAAACUUGGCUGGAGAUCCAGUGUUGGUCAUUAGACUCACAAACGCCAGUCAAUUUACAGAGCCUAACAGUCCGAUGUUCGUUGACAAGACCAAUGGAUUGCAUGAAUUCAUGACAAGAACUAUUGUCUUGGGUAUGACUAGGGGAAUGUAAUAGGAAUUAAAUUCUCGUAUGCGUAGCAUUGAAUAUGGCUGUCUGUUGGGUUAGAAGUAUGUAAAUUGAGUAAUUCACACCAACCCCUCACUCCGGUUGGAUAAACACCUCUUAGUGAAGACCAUUAUCAGGAAACUAAUUUAUAGUGAUAUGCAC